AUGUCUGACGCAAACAAAGUGGCUGAAGAAGUGCAACAGAAGUUGUACUUGGACGAAGAGACCGGAGAAAAUGUGUCCAAGUCCGAGUUGAAGAAGAGACAAAAGCAAAGAGAUAUUGCUAGAAAGAAGGCUGAAAAGGCUGAAAAGGCUGCAGCCAAUGCUCCAGCUAAAUCUGCUUCUAGUAAGAAGAAGGAUCAAUUGGCUGAUUUGACUCCUAACCAAUACUUUGAAAUCAGAUCUGCUCACAUCAACCAAUUAAGAGAAGCCAACAACAAGGACUUGGCUGCCUUCAACCCUUAUCCUCACAAGUUUGAAGUUGGUAUCAAGUUACCUGAAUUUGUUAAGGAAUAUGGGCAUUUACAAAGAGGUGAAACCUUACCUGAAGUGGAAGUUCGUGUUUCCGGUAGAAUCAUGACCAAGAGAGAAUCUGGAUCCAAAUUGAAGUUUUACUUGUUGAAGAGUGAUGGUAUUGAAGUUCAAAUCAUGGCUCAAGGCCAAGAUGCUUCAAGUUUUGAAGCCUACGAAUCAAUGCAUGAGUACUUGAGAAGAGGUGACAUCAUUGGUGUUGUUGGUUACCCCGGUAGAACAUCUCCUGCCAAGGGUGGUGACGGUGAAUUGUCCGUGUUUGCAAAGACUGUUCAAUUGUUAACUCCAUGUUUGCACAUGUUACCCACUGAACAUUUUGGAUUCAAGGACCAAGAAGCAAGAUACAGAAAGAGAUACUUGGAUUUGAUCAUGAAUGAUGCCACUAGAGACAGAUUUAAGGUUAGAUCUAAGAUUAUCUCUUAUAUCCGUAGAUUCUUGGAUAACAGAGAUUUCGUGGAAGUCGAAACUCCUAUUUUGAAUGUUAUCGCCGGUGGUGCCACUGCUAAACCAUUCACCACUCACCACAACGACUUGAACAUGGAAAUGUUCAUGAGAAUUGCUCCUGAAUUGUUCUUGAAGGAAUUGGUUGUUGGUGGUAUGGAAAGAGUCUACGAAAUCGGACGUCAAUUCAGAAACGAAGGUAUCGAUAUGACCCAUAACCCCGAGUUCACCACUUGUGAGUUCUAUCAAGCCUAUGCCGAUGUCUUUGACUUGAUGGACACCACCGAGUUGAUGUUUUCCGAAAUGGUUAAGGAAAUCACCGGUUCUUAUGUCAUCAAAUACCAUCCUGGUGCUGCUGACGGUACGGAAUACACCUUGGACUUCUCUAGACCUUGGAAGAGAGUCAACAUGAUGGAAGAAUUGGAAAGAAUCUACAAGGUUCAAUUCCCAGCUGGUGACCAAUUGCACACUGACGAAACCAAUGCUUUCUUACAAAAGGUCUUGAAGGAUAACAACAUUGUCUGUUCUGCUCCUUUAACCAACGCCAGAAUGUUGGACAAGUUGGUUGGUGAAAUCGAAGACACUUGUAUCAACCCAACCUUCAUCUUUGGUCACCCACAAAUCAUGUCACCUUUGGCUAAGAAGGAUAGAAACAUCCCAGGUUUAUGCGAAAGAUUCGAGGUGUUCGUUGCCACUAAGGAGAUCUGUAAUGCAUACACUGAGUUGAAUGAUCCCUUUGACCAAAGAGCUAGAUUCGAAGAACAAGCAAAGCAAAAGGAUGCUGGUGAUGAUGAAGCUCAAUUGAUCGAUGAAACCUUCUGUAACGCUUUGGAAUAUGGUUUACCUCCAACUGCCGGAUGGGGUUGUGGUAUUGACAGAUUGGCUAUGUUCUUGACUGACUCCAACACCAUCAGAGAAGUCUUGUUGUUCCCUACUUUGAAGCCUGAUGCCCGUGAAUUAGAUUAA